UCCUUUAUUCUAGCAACACCACCCAUUUCUCAUUUACUACGAGCUUUCACCCCCGAACGCUUUCCAUUCUCACGCCUUGUACAGGUGACAAACUUACAGACCAAUCAGGGCUGCUGUGGUGCAUUUUUCCAAACUUGCGCAACGUUUCCUGCUAUCUUUUGCCUCGACCGCUUUCCGGAAGUUAAAUAAACCAUCAACCCUCCUCCCCACCCGUCUUUUUCAACCCGCUCGACUUUACGCAUCGUUCAAGCGUACACAGGUUCAAGCUGGAAGAAUCAACGAAUAUGAGCGGCUCCCUUGCUUCACAGGGCGGCAUUUCGGAUCCCGCCCUGAUCCAACUUGUCAAUAAGCUUCAGGAUGUUUUCGCGACUGUUGGUGUCAACAACCCUAUCGAUUUGCCUCAGAUCGCCGUGGUGGGAAGCCAGUCGAGCGGAAAGAGUUCAGUUUUGGAGAAUAUUGUCGGCCGAGACUUCUUGCCCCGAGGCUCUGGUAUCGUAACCCGACGUCCCCUCGUUCUUCAACUCAUCAACCGCCCGGCACAGAGCAAUGGGGUCAAGGCCGAUGAGGUUGAUACCACCAAUGAUAAGCAGGCCAAUGCCGAUGAGUGGGGAGAGUUCCUUCAUGCCCCUGGACAGAAGUUCUACGACUUCUCCAAGAUUCGAGACGAGAUCUCUCGAGAAACAGAAGCCAAGGUUGGACGAAAUGCCGGCAUCUCCCCCGCUCCCAUCAACCUUCGCAUCUACUCUCCCAACGUCCUCACUCUGACCCUGGUCGAUUUGCCCGGACUUACCAAGGUCCCCGUCGGAGAUCAGCCCCGCGAUAUCGAACGACAGAUCCGGGAGAUGGUUCUUAAACAUAUCGGCAAGUCUAACGCGAUCAUACUUGCAGUCACUGCCGCCAACCAAGAUUUGGCCAACUCGGACGGUCUCAAGCUGGCACGAGAGGUUGACCCUGAAGGUCAAAGGACGAUCGGAGUCUUGACCAAGGUUGAUUUGAUGGAUGAGGGAACCGAUGUCAUCGAUAUCCUGUCGAACCGUGUCAUUCCUCUUCGACUGGGCUACGUCCCUGUGGUGAAUCGAGGUCAACGAGAUAUUGAUAACCGAAAGGCCAUCAACCAGGCGCUCGAGGCUGAGAAGAACUUUUUCGAAAACCAUAAGGCCUACCGAAACAAGAGCUCAUACUGUGGAACUCCUUAUCUCGCGCGCAAACUUAACCUUAUUCUCAUGAUGCACAUCAAGCAGACCCUACCUGACAUUAAGGCCCGCAUCAGUAGUUCUCUCCAAAAAUACACAGCUGAGCUGGAAAGUCUCGGCCCUUCUAUGCUCGGUAACAGCGCCAACAUCGUUCUAAAUAUCAUUACCGAGUUCACCAAUGAGUGGCGCACAGUUCUGGAUGGUAACAACACUGAGCUGUCCAGCACUGAGCUUUCGGGAGGUGCUCGUAUCAGCUUUGUCUUCCACGAGCUUUACUCGAACGGUGUCAAGGCCAUUGACCCCUUUGAUGUCGUCAAGGAUGUCGACAUCCGCACUAUCCUCUAUAACUCUUCUGGUUCUUCUCCAGCACUAUUUGUUGGUACUACCGCUUUCGAGCUGAUUGUGAAGCAGCAGAUUAAGCGAUUAGAAGACCCCAGCUUAAAGUGUGUUUCUCUUGUAUACGAUGAACUUGUUCGAAUUCUGUCACAGCUUCUCGCCAAGCAGCUUUACCGCCGGUACCCUCAACUGAAGGAAAAGAUGCAUGGUGUGGUGAUUGCUUUCUUCAAGAAGGCUAUGGAACCUACCAACAAGCUUGUCAGAGAUUUGGUGGCUAUGGAGUCAUGCUACGUCAACACAGGUCACCCCGACUUCUUGAACGGCCACCGAGCAAUGGCGAUGGUGAAUGAGCGAUACAACCCCAGCAAGCCUGUUCAGGUUGACCCUAAGACUGGCAAGCCUCUCGCAUCAACCCCCCGGGCUGCAAGCCCGACAGUCCCCGAUCCUGAUAGCUCCGGUAACUCGGGCUUUUUUGGUAGCUUCUUCGCGGCCAAGAACAAGAAGAAGGCCGCCGCUAUGGAAGCUCCUCCGCCCACUCUCAAAGCUUCUGGUACUCUGUCAGAACGCGAGAACAUUGAGGUUGAGGUUAUCAAGCUCCUCAUCUCCUCUUAUUAUAACAUCGUCAAGCGAACCAUGAUUGACAUGGUCCCCAAGGCUGUCAUGCUGAACCUUGUGCAGUUUACCAAGGACGAAAUGCAACGAGAGCUAUUGGAGAACAUGUACCGAACCGACACAUUGGACGACCUUCUGAAGGAGAGUGACUUCACAAUCCGACGGAGAAAGGAGUGCCAGCAGAUGGUCGAGUCUCUCUCGAAGGCUAGUGAGAUCGUUAGCCAAGUGCAGUGAUGUGAUGAUGGACGAAGAUUCUCAUCAUCACUUCUCAACUCGGCGUCAGGGUCAGACUGGGCCCGUAUGCAGCUUCUCUAUCUACGAAUUAAACGCCCCAGGGGGAUCACUACCCAGCAGUCGUCUCCCAACUCUCUUCGCAUGACGUCCUGAGCAUCACUAUUUUUUUUCGAUACCACACUUUUCAGGAGGAGGCCUAGAGUAGACUGCUUAAUGACUUACAUUGGGAUGCAUGGCUUGGUCCUUGCGUACGACAGCGUUUGCAGGCGUGGUUUCAUCUUGGGGUGUUGUCAAGGAAGCGGGAGUAAAUGGAGGAUUUGUGUUGGCUGGACAGCUAAGCUUUCCCGGACUUCAUGCCUGGCUUGCGCUUUCUACCGAGCUUAAUAGUGCUCAGUAAAUUGUGUAGCAAGG